AUGAACUUUCCUGUAAGUUCUCUUUAUGAUGGCGGCUUGGUCCAGACAUCUCUAGCUGAGCUGCCCCAGCCGAGGCUGACAGGAGAGCUGACUGACCGGAAAGGAUGCUCUAUACCUGCCGUAGCAGAUGAAAAGACAGGCACACAGACGAAGAGGAGAAAAGAGCCUCACUUGGCAGAGGGGACAGAAAGGGAAAGUAAGAAUGCUGAUGUUGGAGGAGCCUGGGUAUUUCCUAGACCAGUGGUCCUUAAACUUCUGUGGACCACCAAGCAGGAAGGCGAGAAAGCAGUGAUCACUCGCCCCCACUUCUAUUUUGUCAAGGUCACAGGCUUCUCUUCUCCUCCUGGGGCCCAUGCUAGUCAUCUCCUAUCAGCGUUUCGAGAACAGUCUUCUGAGCUUUCUACAGCUCUGUGA